UCACUUUUCUUUUUUAAUCUAUAGUUUAUUAGAUAUUUUCACAUUAUUGAGGUAAAACAGUACAGUCUCAUAUUCUCCCCCCAGCUUCCUCCUGGUUAUAGCAUUUUCCUUUCUAAUGUUCCGUUGUUUGGCGAGUAGUACAGGGUUCAGGCUCACAUGCUCAGAUAAUAAUUAGGAUAAAUGAGUUCCAAUGCUCUGCUUUAGUCCCAGAUUAAAAAUCGCUGUAUUGGAGAAGUUUCCACCUCUGUUAUGCCUUCAACUUCUAGAUGUGAUUAUUGCUUGGUGGAGAAUUCCAGAAAUGCACUGGAAGUUAGUCUUAUGUAAUUUGUAGAGCAGGAUUUUUUCAUGGGCUGGUAGGUGUAGUUUUUACUUCCAAAAAUCUUGGAAGAAUUUUUUUUACACCAAGGGGCCUAUGCAAUUGUUUAUUUUUUUGCAAAUUUUCAACCAUUUUCUCUGAUAAGCUUGGCAGGGAUUGGGAAAGCUUGUUAAAGUUGAGGGAGCUGAAAUUGUUUAGCCAGGGGAAGAGAUAAUUAAGAGUGGAUACAUUAGCUGCCUUCAAAUAUUUGAAUGGCUGUCACAUAUCUGAUAAAGCAAAUUCAUCCUCUGUUUAUUAAUUUAAACUCUUCAGCCAAAAUAGUUCCCAGAGCAGCUUAUGCUUGGUGAAGGAAACCAAGACAGUCACUCCCUUUCAGACCUGCAGUCUAGAAGGCAUGACACAAAAAGCACUCCUAAAUUUUAAAAACGUAUGUGUGGGGUUGGUGCAAGAGUUAAUUGGGGGUGGGGUGGGGAGAGAAUGUGUAUAGCAGCAGUUGCCACAAGUGUAAAUUGUGUAAAUUGUGUAAACCAUGGCAUGAGACUAGGGGGCCACAGAGGGAAAUGAAAAGUUAAGAGAACAGAGAAGUAACCGAGAAAAGAAAGCAGAAAAGAAAAAAGACAUUGAUAUUUCUUUGCAAGAAGUGCUCAUAGAGCGACAUAGCAGCCAAAGUAACUUUCAGUCAAGAAAAACAUCAUUAUUGGAUAAAGAGUACAAUAACUAAAAAGUUUCCACUGCUUUGGGAUAAAGCAAAAUUGUUUUUCAUGGCAUUUCCUACUUUGUAUUUGGUAGAAUAAGGGUUCAGUUGUGUGAAUUAUUUACUCAGCCUAAUGCAGAAUUGCCUUAACAUAACGGACCAAGGUGAUAUUUGGUUAUCCCUCCCGACAAUAGGGACCCAGGUGGCGCUGUGGUUAAACCACUGAGCCUAGGGCUUGCUGAUCAGAAGGUUGGCGGUUCGAAUCCCUGUGACGGGGUGAGCUCCCGUUGCUUGGUCCCAGCUCCUGCCAACCUAGCAGUUUGAAAGCAUGUCAAAAUGCAAGUAGAUAAAUAGGAACUGCUACAGCGGGAAGGUAAACGGCGUUUCCAUAUGCUGCUCUGGUUCUCCAGAAGCAGCUUUGUCAUGCUGGCCACAUGACCUGGAAGCUAUACGCUGGCUCCCUCGGCCAAUAAUGCGAGAUGAGUGCGCAACCCCAGAGUCGGUCACGACUGGACCUAAUGGUCAGGGGUCCCUUUACCUUUACCUUUACCCGACAAUAGAACUGGAUAUAAAAAAGCUCUCUUUUUUGGUCAUCAAGCACAAGGGUCACAUUGAUAUAGAAAAUCUUAAAUUAUAAAUUUUUAUGUGAUUAUAUUUGUAUAAAUUAUAAAAAAAUCAUAAAUAAAACAUGCUCUUUCUACCAGUAGGAUGGGGUGUGUGUGCCAGGACGGAAACAAGGUCGGAAGGGGGGCACAGUUGGAAAAAGAUUGAGAAACACUGAACUGUCUUGGAAGUCAUGUCCCAGCUAGGCUUUGCUUGCCAGCCUCCUCCUGAUGUUGACACUGAUGACUGUCUUCAGGAAUACUCCUACCUCUUCAGUCCAGACAUUCUCAAGGGAAAAGUUGCAUUCAUCACUGGUGGCGGCUCCGGCAUUGGAUUCCGCACAGCUGAGAUUCUGAUGAGGCAUGGCUGUCAUACUAUCAUUGCCAGCAGGAACCUCCAGAGGCUAACAGAGGCUGCCAAGAAACUAUCAGUGGCCACUGGCCAGCGAUGCCUGCCCCUCACGCUGGAUGUCAGGCAGCCACAGAUGAUCAUGGCAGCCGUGGAUGAGGCCCUCAAGGAAUUUGAGAGGAUUGAUAUCCUUGUCAACAAUGCUGCUGGAAACUUCCUGUGCCCAGCCAGCGCUCUGUCCUUUAAUGCCUACAAAACCGUGAUUGAGAUCGACACCUUAGGAACAUUCAACGUCUCCAAAGUUCUGUAUGAGAAGUGUCUCCGUGACCAUGGCGGAGUCAUUGUCAAUAUCUCGGCAACCCUAAGCUACAAAGGUCAGGCUCUCCAGAUGCAUGCAGGGACAGCUAAGGCAGCCAUAGAUUCAAUGACAAAACAUCUGGCUGUGGAAUGGGGUCCUAAUGGAAUCAGAGUGAAUAGCCUGGCGCCAGGUCCUAUUUCGGGUACAGAGGGUCACCGCCGCUUAGUUCAGCCUCAUCCAGAAGCACAAAACCUUUUUCGGAAUAUCCCCCUCCAGCGGGUGGGGAACAAGACGGAGAUUGCUCACAGCGUCCUGUAUCUGGCCAGCCCCCUUGCCUCGUAUGUGAGCGGCACAACCCUGGUGGUGGACGGCGGGGCCUGGAUGACCUCCGAGAACAACUUCCCCUCACUGUUGGGCGUCUGGGCUACAGAAUUAAAGAAAGAGAAAUGAAACAUGACCCUGGGAACCUGACGGAUGGGACACUGCAACUUUGACGCUACUCUCCGCAGAGCCAAAGGAGUCAGCCACUCACCUCCUCUAGCAGCAAGAUAACUUUUAGACAACAGUGGUAAUGGUGCUGUUUGAGAUGGAUGCUGGGCGCAGAGGCUAGGAGGUUGCAGCCUAUUAUAUUCUCACCUAAAAGCUUUCUCUUGAAUGCCCAUGAUUGCCUUGUGUGGCACUAAACCGUUGUCUGGAGUGGCAGCCUGGAAGAACAGAGAUUUGGCUUGAUUCACAUUUAAACCUUGACAUCCUUUGCUUUGCCUGUGCUGUUUGCCGUCUGAGCCUUUUUGUCAAGGAAAGGGGUGAGUGUGCCCGUCUGUCUGUGUUGUGUAUCUGCCCCUCCAGCCUGAAUCCUCUCCCCCUCUAAUCUUCAUGAUUCUGGACCAAACAGGGUGAUUCUGCACUUUUUUGCCAAUGCUCUUUAUUUGUCUGUUAGGGGAAAUACGUCACUCCCCGCCAAAAAAAAACCCAACACUCUUCUUUUUUAUCUAAUAAAUUCCAUAUGGAAUCUUUGCUUCUUGCUAAGCUUGUAGUUUCACUAUUGGUCCAGUUCCUAAAGCAGCAUGCUUUUCCUAUGAGAGUCUCUGCUCCUUGAAGGAAGAAUUCAUUAUUCCCCUUGAUGAUACUGCACUGCAUUAUGCUGCGCUCCCUAAAAUGGCACUCAUAUGAGUUGCAGUCAGCACUCAAACAUGAGCUGCAUUUAGGUGAUCACAUCUUGGCUUAAUAAGCUGAGACAUGCACAAGCUUCAUGAACCCACAUGCUCCCACUCCACUGUGCCCUUCUCAUGAGAGGGGAGAAGGCUUCAGCUAACCAUGGUUUCCUGUUACAUCCAAACCAGGUUAGUGACUCUCAAACCAGCUGGAAUACAAAACCAUGGUAUAUAGUUGCCUUCUAGAUCCUGGCUUUUUGGGAAGCCAUCAAGCACAGUCUCCUAGUUUGGGUGUAAUAACAGGAAGUUGUGGUUACCUUCAGCUUAUUGUCUUGUUCACUCAUAAAAAGGAAUAAAAUGGGAUCAAAGGGGCUGUAUAUGGGUGGCAUGAAGUUCAUUUGUAUCUCAUCGUAUCAAGCUGAGAUUUGAGCUUUGGAAUGUGGCCUGUGUUGGAUAAAUGGAGCUUUGGAAUGUGGCCUGUGUUGGAUAAAUGUGCUACAGGAACUUAUUAGCAUUUAUUAAUCACCUUCCACACAUGUCUCAAGACAUAUGAACAGCGAAUUAAGUCCAUUUUACAUACUUAGAAAGUAAUACUACAGGUAUUUGUGUUUUAAACUUAGCACAUUUCUUAUAAAAACAAUACACACACACACACACACACACACACACACACACACACACAAAGGAACUGCAGAUCAUAAAAAAAAAUAAGCAGAGCAGGCUCUGUUCCUGGUAUAGCCCAUAUAUUGCCUCUAAAAAUUCCAUGACGGCAGCUUUGCUUCCUUUGGAGUCAGCCCGAAAUCCCCCAUCCCUGGAGUAAAAGUUAUCUGAGCUCAGGGGCCACAUUAUCUCAUGCGCAGCCUUCCAAGGAGCUGUCACAUGUGAAUGGUGGCUGGGAGCAGAAAGUUGCUUAUCACACGGGGGGUCUCCCUUGCUUGCCACUGAAUGAACUCAAAAACCCCCGAUCCUUUUUCUCCUGCAUGCCCUCCUACAAUGGAGAGGGACAGGAUGCUUGCACUGUUUGUUUCUUUGCUGUGAUGCUGAUUCUCACCAGCAUUUCUGCUCCUGGCCACCACCCGCAGGCAAGUGAGGAAAUUAUGCAAUUGCUAUUGAUUUCGGAGAUUGCUGAGCAAAGUGGUAGAGAGAGGGACAAGGAGCUUAGCAGUUUCUUCAAUGAGCCCCGGCGGGGACCGGGGGACCUGCUAGUUAAAAACUGAUUCCUACUAACACUACACCACACACACCAAGAAAGCACUACUUAAUAGCUUAAAAGGCACCAGCUACCUUGUCAGGCAGUCAUAUUGUUAUUGCUUGUAGCCCAAUAGUCAUUACAAUAUGGGCUGUCAUGUGGAAGAUGGAGCAAGCACAUAGUUGAACUAGGGAAAACACAGAAAGCAGUAACGGCCACCGACUUGGAUGGCUUCAAAAGAGGAUUGGGCAAAUCCAUGGAGAGGGCAAUUGAUGGCUACUAACCAUGAUGGCUAUGCCCUGCCUCCACGGUCGGAGGCAGCAGCGCUUCUGAAUGCAGGUGCUAGAAACCCCAGGAAGGGGGAAGGCUCUGGCUUGCUGGUUUGAGAACAGGAUGCUGGACUAGAUGAGCCACUGGCCUGAUCCAGCAGGCUCUUCCUUUGUUCCUAAGUUGGUUUUCUGCUGCUCCAGAAGGUAGGACCCAAACCAAUGGGUUCAAAUUACAAGAAAGAUGCCAACUAGACAUUUGAAAGAACUUUCUGAUGGUAAGAGAUGUUUUGACAGUGGAACGGACUACGUGGGAAAGUAGUGAACUCCUUCACUGGAGGUUUUUAUGCAGAGGUUGGAUGGCUAUCUGUAAAGGGUUCUUCAGCUGUGAUUCCUGCAUUGCUGGAGGUGGGCUGCAUGACCCUUGGGUGUCCCUUUCAAAUUCUACAGCUCUAGGAUUCUAUUAAUAUUAAUAAGAAUAAAAACCCAAUUGAAAAGUAAGUUAAAACAUAUCAAUUUUUGGAACUGCAAAAUAUUGUAGCUUAAUUAUUGCCAUGGGGCAAUGGAACUGCGAUGGCUCAGCUGGCAGACCAUUAAUCUCAGGGUCAUGGGUUCAAGCCCCAUGUUGGGCAAAGCGUUCCUGCUCUACAAUGCUAUGAGUCACAGGCAUACCAUGAAAAUAGUUCUAAAAACAGUACCAAAAGAGCAACUAAUAAAAGGAUUAAAAACAAUACAAAAUGAACCCGAAUCGUUUAGCUUAAAAAGAGAUUUCCUUGACGCUUGACUUGAUUUGAAUCAAAACGGCAGCAAUAGCUUUUGCCACUGCUACUGUGUUCAAACCUGUUGUAUAGGUCAGAGGUUUUCAACCUUCUUGAGCCCACGGCUCCCUUGGCCAACUACACUCUUUCUACGGCACCCCUGUAGGGCUCAGGAGCCCAGUUAUGUCACCCCUUGCCGGCAGACUCUCACCCUUUUUUGAGCAUCCUCCCUUGUGGAGUGUUCGCUCAGCCUCCUCUCCCCUCCUUGGAGUCCUCUGGGCAGCCACUGCUGUUGCCCGUUGUCUCCUGGUCUGAGCUGCCUCCCCCCCUCCCCAAAGAGAGGGGCCUGUAGCCAGGGCUGCUGCAACAAACAGCUGUGCAAGCCAUUGGAAGGCAGAGACACAAGAGGGCAUCAGAAGAGAGAGAGAAUGAAAGAAGGAUACAGUAGAGGCCAGUGUUGCCCAUGGCGCCCCUGACCAUCAUUCAAGGGACCCCAGGGUGCCAUAGCGCUCCGGUUGAAAACCACUGGUAUAGGUCAUAAACUUGUCUACGAUGGUUCAGCAACCAUCUAAUUUUGAAAUCAUCAGAUUGACCGGGAAAAUUAUGAAAUGAGUCAAGAAAUUCUAUCCCUGGGUAAGUUGUGUAAAAGGCCAAACAAGAUAUAGUGCACAAUGUAUUUGAUCUGGCCUGGUCUGUGUACACAAAGGCCUAUUAAAUAAUUUACUCCUCAGGUAUUGUAUGGACAUAGUUUGGAAUCUAAGCAAAGUAAAUGCAUCUCUAACAGGGAAAAAAACAAGUUAAACCCCACAGAUAAGCAGCCCUUUUAUAGCUUUGUUAAUACACCUGUUUGCUAGGCACUCGCUUCAUUUCCAGGGCUGGGUUUUUAAUCUCUGUUUACAUUACAUUUAUCCCAAAUGCACAUUUAUCCUCUACUUCAUUUUUAAAAUACUGGUGUUCACUGCAUUGUUUCUCACACCUGGAUAGCUCAGUCAGUAGAGCAUGAGACUCUUAAUCUCAGGGUCAUGUUUCGAACCCCACAUUGGGCAAAAGAUUCCCACAUUGCAGGGGGUUGGACUAGAUGGCCCUCAGGGUCCCUUCCAACCCUACAAUUCUCUGAUUCUAUUAUUCUAAAUCUGUUCCACAGCAACUGGAGUCCUUAAGCCAUCCCUAAUCCAUACCUAGCCAAGGUACAUAGGGUAAAGACACCCCCAUCCCCUCUGGUAUGUACACAAACAGAAACAAAUCUGACACUAACGAAUGUUUUGCUUGUUGGCAUAAUGACCAGAAGCUAUGUGUGGUCCUGCAGUCCUGCCCACAACCAGUGGGAAUGUUGGUUAACCUUCAGCACUUGUUGCCCACACCCUUUCACACAUACUUUUACCUCCUUGAGGACCAGGAACUUAAUGUGUUCCUUCCUUCUUAAAUUAUAGUUGAAUUAUUAUUUUUUAAUCUGAAUUCUCUCUCCAGCGCUGCUCCUGAAGAAUUAGGCCAUGCAGAUAGUUGUGUUAAUGAGGCGAGAGCUCAUUUACAUGAAGAGCCAUACUUGAGCCUGCCCCUCCGCCCCAAGCUCUCUUCGUCAUCCUCAUGUAACUCCUGAGAGAAGGAGAAUGAGGCUUAAAAAUAGUUUUUGUCCUGUAACCUCCUGUAUGUUAUAUCUUUGUUGAAUUCCUGCCUCCUCUUUUCUUGCGGCUUUCACACAUCCAUCAGCGAAUGUUUAAUCUUGCCCUCGGUAAAGGGACCUGCUCUCUUCCUUGUUCUCUGUGCUGCCGUCUAUUUACUUUUAAUGUUCACAUUUAUUCCUAGGACUAAAUGACGUCAACAAACAGGACUUGCCUGGUGCCAAUGUCAUUGGCCUUUAAUCAUUCCUGUUCAUCCAGGCAUUUUUUGGGUCUUCAUUUAACCAUAAUGCAGAAUGAUUCUGGCCUGACUUGGGGCUCAUCUUUUUUAGGAAAUUUCCCUUUUUGUUCUUGCUGAUGGAUGGAAACUUGAUGACGAUGGAGGCGUUUUAUUCUGUGUUGUGGAUUUUAAAUGGUAAACCCUUGUCUUUUAAUAUUUUGUUCAUCACCUUGAGACAUUUUUUAGAAAGCGAUGAACAAAUGAUAACACUGCGGUGCAAGAGAGCUGCUCUUGCGUGUCUCAUGCUGCUGGCAUGGCUUUCUGGGUUUUGCUCAGGGAGCUUUCUUCUCCCCUGACACUGCUGGAAGGAUGGGGAGAUAUGAGCCCAUCAGUUAUGCCAAAUGUGUCCCUCCAGGUCUCUCUCUCUCUCUGGUGUCAUGGACUGGCUGGAUGCAGAGGAAUGGUGGGAGGAACCAGCUGGGGAACCUCCAAGGGAAGAAGGCUCAGAGCCAGGGGACCAGGGAGGUGGGACACUGACAAGUGGCCAGAGGGAGAAGAGGAGCAGAACUGGGGGCAGUAGGUGUCAGAAGGCAACAGGGUUUAGUGAGCAGGAAGAGGCUGGGGCAGAGGGCAGUCCAGAGGCAGGAGAGGAGUGGGGCCAGGAGGCAGAGAUAAGCUAAGCUGCUGAAGAACCCAGGGAGUCCCCACCCCCUCCUGCUUCAACCAGCUCCCGUCCCCCUGGUCUCCAGAAUAUGCAAAGAAAUGAAGAGGGCGGAGCAACGAACGACAAGGUGACAUAGCUUAGACUAUCGGGGAAGGAACCAGGGGUAGAGCCUUAGGGAGCAGUGGGAAAGUGGAGAGACCUCAGUCCUCACAACUGCCUCAUUGGGGCAAGACAUGCUGGAAAGAGUUGCUGGGAUCACGAAGCCUGAGCUGUUUUGUUUUCUUUGAAUAAAGAGUUAAUUUCACUGA